GAGUAGCAGCUCAUCUCAACGUUCUGGAAAAAUAAAGUCCAGGAGUGGCUGCGUUCGCUGCAAACGCCGCUCAGGUGUCGAUUGCCCCGGCUAUGCUUAAGCAUUCAAGUGGUCAACGAAAUACGAGAGUGCUCCGCACUCGCCUCCCAGUCUCGUUGAUUCUUUUGAUAGCUCGCCUGACUGGUUUCAACAAGAGGUUUGGAAUGUCUCGUGAGCUAUCUCUGAUAUCCCGCUCAAGCGACAAGCAGCGGUUGAAACGCCAAACAAGUCACCAUCCCAGCCUCUGGCGCAAGAGGCUUCUGGUUCUCUGACCACGGCCUCUUCACCGGAAAUUCCCCAUGUUCGAGCUUCAUCUUCCAGGUCAGAUUGUGAAAAACUCACUCAUGGUGGCCUCCAGUCACCUAUGAGCGUUGGAGACUUCGGAAGACAGGAAUCAACUCCAGAAGGGGCCGACCAACCGCUCGGGGAUCCAUCUGACUGCACAUCAGAGAUGUAUGCAGAUGAAAUAAUACUCUGUGAAAAACCUAUGGACAGUGCUCUUCUACUUUAUGAGCCCCUUGACCAGAUUUCUCUGCUUUUAAACCAUUACUUUUCACUCGUCUGCCCAAUCAGCUCGUCAUUCGACUCCGGACAGAACCCUUUCCGAUCUAACGCAUCAGAAAUGAUGGCUAGCUCAC